AUGUCUGCUAGUGUUGCCCAGAAACUGCAGAAGAAGUGCCCUGACGUCUCCGUGGUCGUGAGUACCGACCACCCUCAUCAAGUCAAGACGGUCGAGGGGCGACUGGUGACUGUCACCGAGAAAACGUGUCCCGUCCGCAUGACCAUACACACCCAAUGGGGUCCGGUGGUGCUGGACCCGCGUGCCUUCGCUGUUAUGCCUGGGACGGACGACGUGGUCAUCAUUGGGGACCCGACCUUGACAAAGCUGGGUAUCGACGUGUACGAGGCGAUGGCGCAACAUGCACUGAAGGAGCGCGAUAUGGAGGUGCGGGGUGUUGAUACUCCGGGGUUUCACGAGGCUCGCCGUAUUUCGGCUGUCAACUGGCUGCGCACUUCUCUGCCUCGGAUGUCGGAGAUAGUGGCACCUUUGCGGGAGUUCCUGGAGCUUCACAUGGCCGGAAACCCGAAUAGAACCAAGCGUGUGGCAUCAAACCGAGCGAUCGCUCCUGACGCGUGGACACCCGCGAUGGUGGAGUCGUGGGAGCGAGCGCAGGACAUGGUCGCCAAUGCGGUCACAUUGUAUCAUCCGGUGGCAGGGAAAGCGGUUUUGAUGUUCCCUGAUGCUUCCGACGAACAUUGGGGAAGCUUCGUGACUCAGGUGCCACAAUCGGAGGUGGACAACAACGUUCCCGUGGAAGACAUGAGCCACGAACCGUUGGGUUUCCUGAGUGGUACAUUUCGUGGGUCUCAACUGCGGUGGGCUACCGUAGACAAGGAAGGAUUCGCAAUCAUCAGCACGUUCCGGAGGUUGGAAUAUUUGCUGUGGGGUGGUGUGCAUAUUCACACCGAUCAUCGUAACUUGGCAUACAUAUUCGACCCGGAAGCGUGCAUCUCAACGGUGCCGAAGACCACGGCGCAGCGUCUAGAGAAUUGGAAGGCGGUCCUUGGCCAGUACGACUACACGAUUCAGCACAUCUCAGGUGAACGCAACUGCUGGGGGGAUUUGUUGUCGCGUUGGGUGAAUGUACCCGCCGUGAGUAAUCGAUCCGCGGCGGUCUUCAUGCCGAGUACGCCCGACUGUAACCUACCCUCCAAGAACGCUAUACGCGAAGUUCAACAGACAGUGCGCGCAUCUGUCGGGGAUACCAAUGCGUGUUUCACGGAUACACUCGGUCGUGUUGCACCGGACGAUGAAGGUUUAUUCCGUGUCAUGAUUGACGGUCGCAAAGUUCUGUGGAUUCCCGAUACCGCGCGUGAUAUGCAGCUACGACUCAUGUUGUGUGCGCACAUGAAAGAAGCCGGCCACCGCGGUGUUACAGCAACGAUGCACCGCUUGCGGGAAUACUGCUGCUGGUCUACAAUGGACCGCGAUGUGAAGGAGUUCGUGCAACAAUGCCUGCAUUGUAUGGAUUCUAAAUCUGGUGAGAUAGUGCCGCGUCCUUUUGGAGAGACGGUUCAUGGCAAGCGACCUGGAGAAGUAUUACACUUCGACUACCUUCAUGUAGGCAAGAGCGGACCGCUCGGCGCGGAUGGGCUGGACGAAUCUGAUGGAUAUGUAUAUUUGUUGGUGAUGAUGGACGAUCUUAGCAACUUCGCGUGGAUGGAGCCGACUGGUACGUGCACGGCGCGGUUAACGGCGCAACACCUCCUGAAUUGGUGUAAAACGCUGGGUGUGCCUGAAGUUUGGGUAAGCGACACCGCCACUCAUUUCAAAAACAGCGUAAUGGACACCUUGGAGAAAGCGUUGGGUGUUGAGCGACGCUUUACCGUGGCUAACUCGCCCUGGUCGAAUGGAACGUGCGAACGUAUGAUGCGCGAGAUAGUACGCACGAUGAAAGCCGUUUUGCAGGAACGACGGCGAAAUGUGCGGGACUGGGUGGAUCUGGUGCCGGCAGUUCAAUGGGCGCUAAACACCGCGUAUCGUGAGCGGUAUGCAUCAACACCUUAUCAUGUCAUGUUCGGCCGCGCUCCUCGCACGAGUUUUUCCACCCUGGCGUCGUCGUCUGGGGAAGCCUGGAACAUCGACACGCUUGAUGCGACCAAGUUGAAACAACAAGUCCAAAAUGUGAUCCAGACUCAAGCGGUUCUGCACAAACAAGUUCAACAGAAGGUGGAUCACAAUCGUGCCAGGCAACGUGCGCAGCAAGUCGCGGUGAUUUACCAGCAUUUACGGUGGGAGACUAUGUGAUGGUGGCACGUGUCCGUCGCAGCGGAAUCACGCCCAAAUUGUCCUCUACUUGGACUGGUCCUUGGCGCGUGGUAUCGGCCGCUAAAAAGCACGUUUACGGUGUUCAGAACAUCGUUAAUGGGCAGGUCCGCGAUGUCCAUGUGGCUCGUCUGCGGUUCUACGCCGAUUCGGAACUGAACGUCACAUCCGAUCUCAAAGACGUGUUCCAACACUCUUUCGGGCAAGGCGAACAUGAAAUGGAAUCUAUUCUCAACAUUGGACCAGCUCAUGAUGGAUCGGGAUAUCUUGUUCGUGUGCGGUGGGCUGGGUUCGAGGAGGACGAAGACACUUGGCAACCACUUUCGGAUAUUUACCAGGAUGUGCCGCAGUUUUUGAAGCAAGAGUUGCGCAAGAUGAAGCUAUCUAAGGAAGUCAAGGACAACAUAAAAAAGGAAUAUGGUAUCGUUUUUUAACGGCCAAAUGAGUUGAAGUUGCGUGGAAAAGGGCGAGGAAAUCUUACUACCGCAAGAUAGCAUUGUUCAUUUAUAUGUUUGUCUUGGUUUUUGUAGUUGUUUCUGAAGACGCUAUCACACAGUAUAAUGAUGAAAUAAUUAGUAACACGAAAUCAGGCGAAUAUGGUGUUUAGUGUAAACAAACGCGUGAGGAUUGAAUAAAAUUUUAGCGUGUGAUUAUUAUGUGGUUUCGCAUCAUUUAGUAUGUGCCUACCAUUGUUUUGUCAAGCACAUAGUGUCUACGAUUGGAAUGUAGUAUGCGCUUUGGGGGCAUUGUGGACAUUGGCCGUGGUAGUCACAGUGUAGGAAGGUUCUACGGAGAUCUUGGGGACUCCGUGUGUGAAGAUAUCACAGGGGCCAUACCCUGUGUGUGAGGAUUGUGUGGACUCUCCGUCUUGUGUUCCACUCCUCCUAUCUUGUGAUCGAUGAUAUAAUACAAGUGAAGAAACAAACAUCACCAGCCCCUUGGGGGGAAGGAGUCCUGGUGGCUCGAGGACAACUCCAACUG